CUUCUUUAUUUAUUCACGCAUCUUUUCUAUUUAUUUUUCCUCCCAGUUUAUUUAUUUAUCGAAGAAUUAAUCAUAUUUCACUACCUUGAUGAAUUUUGUAUAGGGGUUAUCUUCUUCUUUAAUUAAUUUUUAGGGUUUUAUUUCUUCCAUGUUAUUUACUUUUGUAAUCUGUGUAAAAGUACAGCUCAGAGCUUUACUUCUGUAAUUCGACGAAAUAUCUGUUUGUAUUUCAAAAGCAUUAUCUGAAUCUUCCCUCCCCAGAACAUGGGUACUGAGGCAUCUUCCAAUCAAUUAACAAAUCUAGAAAUUCUUUAUAAUGAAAGCUGUGGAAUUGCAGAAGAAACCAUGAAUCUUAUACAGCCGUCAGCCUCAUUGUCCGCAUCAACGGGAAAUGGGAGUUCUCUGGAGCCUGUUACUCCAGAUUCCAACCCAGAGAAUGAAGACCAGUUCUAUGGGUUCUCGUCCCCACUUACACUCUAUUCUUCCUCUCCUAAUCUUCUUUGCUUGAAUUCAUACCAGAAUAACCACAAAAAUUUUCCCAAUGAAGAUAGCCCUCAAACUCCAAAAGAGACUGUCUUUGAUCCAUUUGCUCCUGGCCCUGACAAGCUUUUGCUAGCUCCACAUGGUGGGAAAUGUAUGGAAGAAUCAAGGAUAAAUGUUGUUCGACAGCUCAACUUCAACUCCACUGCAAAUUUGUUAGGGGAUGCAAAUCAUGAAGCCAAUAAAGAGAUCAUCUUAGGUGAAGAAAAGUUAUUUGAGAUUGUGUAUGGCACUCUCCUAGAAGCAAUCAUUUCAGAACAGACCCAGGAACUAGUUGCCAAGGCACUGACUCAGGUUUCUGAGUCUGAUGGAUAUAGGACACCUACUUCUGCACCAUGUCUCAAUGGUGUUGCUGACACUUGUCCUGGUGCUCCGGUGAAGUCCACAAGUAAGUUUAGAGUCAUUGAUAAAGAGUUAUGCAGAAAGCUUGAAUUCUGAUGACUGCGCAAUAGUGUGGCUUUUCCCGGGAUUCAGAAAAUUUAGAUAUUUGGAUGGAAUUGCUGUAGAAUAUAGCAAACUUGCUUACUUUUAUUGCAUUAGGUUUAUGUUCAUUGAUCUACCCUUGUAUUUUGUAUUGCAUUAUUGACAUUAAAUCGUUGUGUAAGCUAUAUUCAUGAUUGUUCAAUGACAUAUUUUGAUGGAUUAAAAAAAAAUUUACUGUUUUCCCUA